GGUGCCCCUUUCCCUUCACAGUCUCCUAUAUAGAGACCUCGGGAGAGCGAGCCUGAGAGAGAGAUAGAGAGAGAGAGAGAGAGGAGGAGGAGGAGGAGAUGUCGGACGAGGAGCAUCACUUCGAGUCGAAGGCCGAUGCCGGCGCGUCGAAGACGUUCCCACAGCAGGCUGGGACUAUCAGGAAGAACGGCUACAUCGUCAUCAAAGGCAGACCCUGCAAGGUUGUUGAGGUUUCAACCUCUAAAACUGGCAAGCAUGGUCAUGCCAAGUGUCACUUUGUGGGAAUUGAUGUUUUCACUGCUAAGAAGCUUGAAGAUAUUGUGCCUUCAUCCCAUAACUGUGAUGUUCCCCAUGUUACUCGUACUGACUAUCAACUCAUUGAUAUAUCUGAAGAUGGUUUUGUUAGUCUUCUGACUGAGAAUGGAAACACGAAAGAUGAUCUGAGACUCCCCACUGAUGAGACUCUGCUUGCCCAGAUUAAAGAUGGUUUUGCUGAAGGCAAGGAUCUGGUGGUGACUGUCAUGUCUGCAAUGGGAGAAGAACAGAUCUGUGCUUUGAAGGACAUUGGUCCCAAAUAAGUUUGUUUAGAACACAGGUUCUAGCUAUUUGUAACACUACCAAUCUUGUUGGUGGUGCCUUUACAAACUAGUAAGAAUGAGAGUUUGUAUGGUUGAGAUGACUGUAAGUUUAUUGAACUGAAAAAAAUUCCUGCCACACAGGAAGUAAGAAGACUUGGUUCUUCCCUUGACAUAGUGUUAUCCCUUUUAUCUAUGUUCCCCCUUCCAUUUUCAAAUCCAUUUGGUUAUCACGGAGUUUUUCUUUA